AUGGCGAACCCUGCUCCAGGCGAAAUGUCGCUGAACAAGCUAAUCUCCUCAAUGAACGCAUCUUUAUCCCCUCCCACCUACGUCUUCCUCACCCUCCCUUCCAACAACGGCGACACCCUCCUCCAGUCACUUCGACGAGCCGAGAUGCUCUUCCGGGAAGAUGAAGGCUGGACCGUGAUCAUGACUCAAGAAGACGCCGAAUCCAUCGGUCUGAUCUCCAAUGACACCUUCCGCUGCCGCAAAAUCACUCUAAAUGUGCAUUCAAGUCUCGAUGCUGUAGGUUUCAUUGCCGCGGUUGCUACCCGGCUGGCAAGCUUGGGCAUGGGCGUCAACCCGGUUAGUGGGUACUAUCAUGAUCAUCUUUUCGUACCCGUAGGAAAGGAGGACGCUGCGAUGAGUGAGUUGAGGGCGAUGGCUGCUGAGCAACAUGCUUGA